AUGGCCGAGCAGCGAGGCCGGGAGCCCGAGGCCGAGUGCCCCGUCUGCUGGAACGCCUUCAACAACACCUUCCACACCCCCAAAGUGCUGGCUUGCUACCACUCCUUCUGCGUGGAAUGCCUGGCCCACCUCAGCCUGGUGACUCCGGCGCGGCGGCGCCUGCUGUGCCCACUCUGCCGCCAGCCCACGGUGCUGGCCUCGGGGCAGCCCGUCACCGACCUCCCCACCGACACGGCCAUGCUCACCCUGCUCCGCCUGGAGCCCCACCACGUCAUCCUGGAAGGCCGCCAGCUCUGCCUCAAGGACCAGCCCAAGAGCCGCUACUUCCUGCGCCAGCCCCGGGUCUACACCCUGGACCUUGGCCCCGAGCCUCCCAACCCCGCCCGGCCCCCGCAGGACACGGCGCCUGCCACCGUGGUGGCAUCCAUCCCGAGUCACUACUCCCUGCGGGAGUGCGUCCGCAACCCCCAGUUCCGCAUCUUUGCCUACCUGUUGGCCGUCAUCCUCAGUGUCUUGCUCCUGCUCAUCUUCUCCAUCUUCUGGACCAAGCAGUUCCUCUGGGGCAUGGGGUGAACACACUGCACCCCAGCAGGGAACCAAGCCCUCCUCGGUUGCUGCUCAGAGACUCACCCUUGGGGCUGGGCAGACGGUAGUAGUGUUCACGUUACAGCCCAGAGAUCACCUGGACCAGGCGUCUGCUCCUGGGAAGAGUGAGCAUCCCAAGAGCCCCUGAAAGCCAAAAGGCUGGCAGAGGCUGCAGAAGGGCCUCUGGGCACAGACCAUGGGGUCAGGGAAGGGCAGAGAAGCUACCACGGAGCUACACAGCGGGCUGUGCCACAGGACUGGACAAUGGGUCCACGGCCUGCCCAGCCCAGCCCUAGUUGCUUUUCUCCCUGGAGCUGCCUUGACCUCUGUUCACAAUGGUGGGCUCGGUUUUUAUUACACUUUGAUGAUUGUAGGACGUGAGUUUGUCCUUCUGUGGGCAAGUAUG